AUGUCCACCAACAUUAAAGUACAAUGUCGUACGGUUUUGUGGCAUGUGGUAUUUGUUGGCUUUGCCAUAAAUUACUUAAUAUGCAUUAAUCUCAAUAUUGCAAUUGUUGAUAUGAUUGCGCCAUCGCCAUCUCGCCAAGCACAUGACUUGAGUCCUCCGUCAAUGGUAUUAAGCAAUGUCAAUGGUACGCCGGUGGAUUUUGAUACCAGUAAUGCUGCAAUGAAUUUAAGUACAGAUAAUCCCAUGGAGGAAUCUCCUGGGUCAAGAAAAUUCCAAUGGAACGAACAUCAACAGGCUAUGGCUUUGGGUUCAUUUUACUGGACAUAUUGGUUAACACAAAUACCCGGCGGUAUAUUGGCCAAGAGAUAUGGUACAAAAUUGGUGUUCGGUCUGUCAAAUGUUAUUAGCUGUUGGAUAUGCUUUCUAAUUCCUUUGGCUUGUUUUGUGGACUUUAAGGCACUCCUUCUAACAAGGAUCUUACAAGGUUUACUGACUGGUCUAACCUGGCCAGCUAUGCACCAUAUGGCUGGCAAAUGGAUACCACCGAAUGAGCGAAGUAAAUUUAUUACAGCCUAUUUUGGUAGUGCUGUAGGCUUAGCGCUGGCAUAUCCUCUGUUUGCCUGUGUAAUACAUUGGUUUUCGUGGAUUUGGGUAUUUCACAUAACAGGAAUUGUGGGCACCUUAUGGUGGUUUGCCUGGUUAUAUUUAGUCUAUGAUACACCGGCCCAACAUCCACGAAUUAGUCCCAAAGAAUUGGCUUAUAUUGAAAGAUCACUGGGAAGUUCGGUACAAAAUAGUCAUAAUCUAAAAACGCCAUGGUUCGCCAUAUUUACAUCAAGACCCGUGUGGAUGAAUGUAAUUGGACAAUGGGGUGGCACAUGGAGUAUAUUUACCGUAAUGACUCAGGCGCCAACAUAUUUUAAAAUAAUUCAUAACUGGGAUAUAAGAGCGACUGGUGUCUUCUCUGGAUUCCCACAUAUUCUACGAAUGUUAUUCGCCUAUUCUUUUUCAAUAUUUGCCGAUUUUCUAUUGCGUAAUAAUAAAGUGAGUCGUACAAAUGUUCGAAAAUUGGCAACAUCAAUAUGUUGUUUGCUCAACGCCGUGAUGAUGAUUGCCUUGGCAUAUUUUGGCACCAAUCCCAUAUUGGCCAUAACAUUUAUUUCGCUGGCUGUUAUGUUUCAAGGUUCUGGAACAUCUGGACCACUGUCAUCGAUGGUAGAUAUAGCACCAAAUUUUGCCGGCAUAAUAUCGGGUCUCUGUGGUACUGUUGGUAGUAUGCCUGGUUUUAUCUCGGCCUAUAUUGUGGGUGUUGUGACCUUUGAGAAUCAAACAUUUGAGGCUUGGAGAAAUGUCUUUCUGAUAACUGCUGGUGUACUAAUUGCAUGUGGAACAUUGUACUUACUAUUUGCCGAUUCCUCAUUACAGCCGUGGAAUGCUGGAUAUUCAAGUUCUGCAGUACAUGAAAAUGGUAUGAACGAUGAUGUUGAGAAUAUUAAGCAGGAGAAUAAAAUACUAAUGAAAACAAGUAGUAUAAAAUAA